GAUGGAACUUCUCUUGGAGGUGUCGUUGGCAGAUCAAUGCAAGGCGGUUGAUUUAUCUUUGAGCCUUCGUAGAGAAGGUUUCUUGUACGUUCUAGACAAAGUUUUUAUAAAAUUGAAAGCUAUUAAAGAGAUAUUAGAUGUAAAAGAAAGAGAUUUGGAUAAAGCUAACAAGAUUAUAUCAAAGAGUAAAAAGUCAAAGGAAGUUGAAUUGUUGAUUCAGGAGAAUAAUAUUUUACAAAAAAAGCUUGGAUCUCAAGAAGAUGACUUUCGUUUACAGAACGAAACUAUUAUGAAAGAGUUAAACUAUUAUAUAACACAACAUGAGGAAUUAGAGCAGUCAAUGAAUAGAUUAAAGACUGACGAUAAUACAGUAUCAACUACUAAAAUCACUGAGAAUGGAUCAAAGGAGUUGGAGCAGGAGGUUCUACGAUUAAAUGCUGAAAAGACUGCCUUACAAAAGAAUCUAGAUAAUAUUGAAUCGGAACACGACGAUGAAGUACGCCAAUUAAAAAGUAAUAUUAUUGAGUUGGAAGCCGAAUGUAUUAAAUUAUCCGGUAAAAGAGCAAGACCUAUUGGGGGCGUUGACGGUGAAAGGUCGAUUGAUGGUGAUUCCGAUAAGGAAACAACUGACGAAGCCGAUUCAUCAAUUCUUAAUCAGAGUAGUUUAAUGGCUGACAAUUCCACCUAUUUAAAGCAAAUAAAAAGUCUUAAUCUCAGUUUAGAUACUGAGAAAGAAGAAAAGCGUCUUCUUGCCAAUCAAUUAUCUGAAUUAGAAAAGAAAUAUAACGAGGAAACGGAAAAGCUGCAAAAUGAAAAGGAAUCACUUCGAGAAAAAUUACGAAAGAAACAAGAAAGUUUAGCUCAAAUUGGAGAGGAAAAGGAGAAAAUCUAUUCUGAGUUAACGACUAGAGUUGAAGAAUUAAAUAAAAAACUCCUAAAUAAUCACGAAGAAAUUCAAGCUGAACGCGAGAAAUGGAAAACUACGGAUAGCGAAAUUAUUGAGUUAAGGAUAAAUGCUGAUAAUUAUUUGGCAAAAAAUAAAAGUUUACAAGCAGAAAAUGAUACUUUACACGAAAAAUUAAAAGAACUUUUGAUAAAGGUUGAAGAGGAAGAAAAACAGGCAUUAGAAUUUAAAAAGUUAGCUGAAAAGAGGAAAUCUCUACUAGAGGAGGUUGUACAAAAACAACAAACGGAAGCUGAUUCCCAUAGAAAUACUUUAAAGGAAAUGAACGAAUCUCAAGCGAAAUUAGAAGAAGAAUAUAAAUUAAAAAUUGACGAAUUGAAAAUUUCCCUAUCAGAUGUUCAAAAAGUCGCAAAAAACUGUUCAAAAUUCGAAAAUCUAGUGUCUUCUUUAGAGGAAGCUAAAGGUUGGCUAGAGAGGAGAUUAGAGGAUACCGAAAAGGAAUUUAAUCAAUUUAAAGAAACUACCGAAAAAUCUUUUCAGGAAUUAGAAGAAAAACAUUCCAAAGAGUUGAAAGACAUGAAGGAUGAACACACGGAAGAGUUUGAACAAUCAAUGGAAUUAGUAGAGUUACAUAAAGCAAAAAACAAUGAAUUUGAAGAGAAAAUUCAGCAACUGCAACAAAAUAUCAGCGAUAGCAUUGAUGAAAGGCGAUUGCACGAAAAGAAAGGGAUGACAGUUGUUAAAGAUUUAAAAAGACAAUUACAAAGUGAAAAAAAACGUACGGAGAAAUUACAAGAAAGACUUCAAGAAGUUCUUAGUAAAUACGACGUUCCUGUAGAUUUAACUACUGAACGUGAUAGAGAAGGUUCCGUAUGUUCAGCUUCAAUAUCACAAAUGUCACAAAUUUCACCUGAUAAUUACGAAGAAGAGAAUACUGAAUUAAUGAAACGUUUAGCUAAGUCAAUGGAAGAAAAGGACACUUUAUUAGAGAGAGUACAAUAUUUAGAAUCAAAUAAUUCAGCAAUGGCCGAAGAUUUACUCAGGAAACAAUCGUUAAUCGAUCAUUUCAAUAUGCAUAAACAAUUUGGGCAACAACAAUCUCAAAAUGAAGCGUCUAGUCUCCUCCGCAAAGUCGUUGAUCUUGUUAAAGACGAAGGUUCUGGCUCUCGAGAAAUAAAUAAAAAAUUACAAUUGAUGCUAGAGGAAACACUAAUGAAAAAUGUUCAUCUACAAGAGAACUUAGAGACACUAUCCCGCGAAGUUGUCAGGCUGAGUAAGCCAAUAGAAGAAAUUCAGAAUUAA